AUGUCGUUCUUAGACAUACUAGAGAUAAGUUUGCUGAUUAUAGAAGGUGACAAGAAUAAACCUAAAGAUCCAAUUCAACAGCCAGCGCAACAAAGAGUUUUCACUACUCAAUUAGUUUUAACCUUAAUUUCUGGUAUUUGGUUAUUUUUAUUAUUUUGUAUACUAAGGUAUAGAUGGCCUCAUAUAUAUGCUGUAAGAACAUUAAGAAAAGAACAUCAAAGCAGUAAAUUCCUUGAAUUAUUACCAAAUAAUUUAUUUGGGUGGAUUAAAGUGGUUUAUAGAAUCAGUGAUGAAGAAGUAUUAUUAUGCUCAGGAUUAGAUUCAUAUGUAUUUUUAGCAUUUUUCAAAAUGGGUAUCAAGAUAUUUUUCGUUAUUGGUUUAAUGGCAGUAUUUAUUGUUAGUCCUAUAAGAUAUUAUUUCACGGGGAAUUAUGAUAAGGAAACGAUAAAUUUAAAACCUUCAAAACCACCUGAUUUUAAUGAUGAUUUUCCAAAAUUCUUUUGGGUUUAUCCAAUUUUCACCUAUAUAUUUUCAUUUGUUGUAUUUUAUUAUGUUUAUGAUUUUACAAAUGUUGUAUUGAGAACAAGACAGAAAUAUUUAGCUUCACAAAACUCAAUUACUGAUAGAACCAUAAGGUUAGAUGGUAUACCGAAACAAUUGUUGAAAACAGAAAGAUUAAAGAAAUUCAUUGAGGAUCUAGGUAUUGGUAAAGUAUUGGAUGUUAAAUUAAUUUACAAUUGGUCACCAUUAGAAAAGCUAUUUAACAGAAGAAAUGAAAUAGUGAAUAAAUUGGAGUACUUGUACUCAUCAAUGUACAAGACAGACAUUGAUAUCUAUAAUCUACAACAAAUUCCAGCUGUUAAUUUACUUUGGUCUGAGCCUACUUACACAAAAUACCAAGAAGAGCAAGUACAACAAUUAUCAAAAGAGUUAGGAGAAAUGGAUGAUGAAAUUAGACUCAUACAAAAUAAAUUUGAUAGUGAUCUUACUACAAUCAAUGUUAAAGAAAAUGCAGAAUUCAAACAGAUAUCGUCUGCAUUCAUUACGAUGGAUUCCGUUGCAUCUGCUCAAAUGGCUGCUCAAACAAUAUUAGAUCCAAGAGUUUACAAAUUAAUUGUCAGCUUAGCACCAGCUCCAAAAGAUAUUAUAUGGGAAAAUUUUAAAUUAACCUAUUUGCAAAGAUUGUUCAAAUCAUAUUUUAUAACAUUUUUGAUUGUGCUAAGCUAUGGAUUUAUUAUAUUUUUAGUUGUUCCAUUGACAUCCUUAUUAGAUUUGAAAACAAUUACUAAAUUUUGGCCCAAAUUAGGUGAAUUAAUUGGUAGAUCAGAAUGGGCUACAACAUUUGUUACAGGUAUCUUACCACCAUUAUUAUUCACAUUAUUGAAUAUUUCAUUUCCAUACUUUUAUCGUUAUUUAUCCACAUGUCAAGGUUAUUCAUCAAAUAGUGAAGUUGAAUUAUCAACUUUAUCUAAAAACUUCUUUUUCAUAUUUUUUAACUUGUUUUUAAUUUACGUUGCAGCAGGUACAUUUUGGGAUUAUAUUUCAUAUAUCAGCGAUACAACAAAAAUUGCAGUUCAAUUAGCUACGUCAUUAAGAAGAAUGUCAUUAUUUUAUGUUGAUUUAAUUUUAUUACAAGGGUUAACCAUGUUUCCAGUUAAAUUAUUACAAGUUGGUGAUUUCUUUUUAUUGAAUAUUAUAGGUAAGUUGUUUUUUCUCAAGAAAUUAAUAUUGAAAACACCAAGAGAUUAUAGAGGAUAUUAUUUCACUCCACAAAUAUUUGAUUUUGGUAUUAAUUUGCCACAACAUAUUAUGAUUUUCAUGAUUAUAUUGAUUUAUUCAGUCGUAUCCACAAAAAUUGUUACAUGUGGGUUAAUUUAUUUUAUUAUUGGAUUUUUCGUUUAUAAAUAUCAACUAAUUUACAAUUUUGUUCAUCCACCACAUUCAACUGGUAAAGUAUGGCCCAUGAUUUUUAGAAGAAUAAUGUUGGGAUUAAUCAUUUUUCAAUUGUUUAUGUGUGGUUCUUUAGCUUUGGAAAGUGCAAUAUUAUUAUCACUUUUAUGUACACCAUUAAUUUUCAUUACAAUUUUUAUGAUUUGGAAUUUUGAAAAAUAUUAUGUACCUUUAAAUACCUUUAUUGCAUUAAGAGCAAUUUUAAAUCCAUUUGAUUUUGAUAAAGUAUUUGAUGAUGAUCAAUCGAGUAAUGAAACAACUACACAAAUUGAACCAAUUGGUGAAUCUACAUUUUUAUUAGAUGAUGAUGAUGAAGAAGCAAAUAAUGAUUAUGAAACAAAUAAUGUUAAUCGUCCACAAAGUAGAUUAUCAAGAAGAAAAUCAACAAUUGAUGAAGAAAGAGAACAAUUUACUGAUUAUACUUAUCCAAAUUUGAUAAAUCCAUUAAAUGGUCCUUGGGUUGGAUUUACAGGUAACAUAGUAACAAUGGUUGAAUAUAAACCACAAUUACAACUGAUAUUAGAAGAUGGCAAUGUUUCUGUUACUGUAAAUGAGAAUGAAACAAUUGUAAAUAAAAAAUUAUCAGUUAGUGAAUGGGAAUAG